UCAGAGCACGGCAGUGCGUUACCGGUUCCUGCUCCAGCAUGGAGACCCUCAGGAACAGACGGCUGUCACACAGGCUUAUGCUGUGCUGCGCCUUUUGGGGACUCUGCUUGGCCUCUUCAGACUACGAUGAUUACUCUCAAAACAGCACCGAGCAGGUAACAACAUCAGAGAACACACCGUGUCCCCGAGCCAUUCCUGGGGAAAAGGCGAUGAUAGACAACACCACGUACCUGAUAAUCCACGAGGCCUCCCGCUCCCAGCUGAGAAGCAUGGUCACAGUGCGGCUCAUCCCCUGCCUCUACACCCUCGUCUUCCUGGUGGGGCUGCCUUCCAACGGGCUGGCCCUCUGGGUGCUGGCCACCAGGGCUGAGAAGCUGACCUCCACUGUCUUUCUGAUGAACCUGGCUGCAGCAGACCUGCUGCUUAUCCUGGUGCUGCCCUUCAAGAUUUUCUACUAUUUCCUGGGGAACAACUGGCCCUUUGGGGAAGGCCUGUGCCGGCUCACCACAGCUUUCUUCUAUGGGAACAUGUACUGUUCAGUGCUGCUGCUCACGUGUAUCAGUGUUGACCGGUACCUGGCUGUGGUGCAUCCUUUCUUCUCACGCUCUUUCCGCACCCCUGCCUUUGCUGCCUGCAUCUGCACUGCCAUCUGGCUCUGUGCUGCCAUCCUCACCCUGCCCCUGACGCUGCAGCAGCAGUCGUAUCCCCUGUAUGGAGCAGACAUUGCCCUGUGCCAUGAUGUUCUCCCCAGGCAUGAGGAUGACGAGUAUUACUUCUACUACUUUGUCUGCCUGAUUGUCUGUGCUUUCCUUGCUCCUCUGGUGGUGACACUGUUCAGCUACUGCUCAGUAUUGCGAGCCCUCCUGGACAGCGGAAAGCGGUACUCCUACACUAUGAAGCUCACUGCUCUCGUGCUGUUCACACUUGUAGCCUUCUAUACACCCAGCAACGUUCUCCUCCUUGUUCACUACUCCAGCUAUUGCUCCAAGCUGUAUGGUGACCUGUAUAUCAGCUACAUGGUGAGCCUGGCCAUCAGCACCUUUAACAGCUGCGCUGACCCCUUUAUCUACUACUAUAUUUCUGAAGACUUCCGGGAUAAGGUGAGGAGAAGAUUCUUCAAUCGCAGCAAAAAAACCACCACAUCCUUGAAAACAUCCAAAGAAACACUCCCUCCAAAAAGUUCCAAAGAUUCACCGGCGUGAAGCCUCCAUCCCAGCUCCCCACUCCCAAGGCACUCACAAAAGAUGGUGGGGUGAGACAGAGACAACGCUGAGACUCCACAAGUUUCAUCCAGAGCAGAGAGC